GGAGGCGGGGCUGCGGCGGUGGGACGAACAGACAGACGGAGCACGCAGGACAGAUCGGGCGGGGUCGGCGCCGGCGCGGGCGCGGGUGCGGAGGGCUCCGAUGGCGGAGGGCUGCACCAGGUAGCAGCGGCGAUGUGGGGGUGACCGUCAUCGCGCGUUCCAGGAGCCCGUGAGAGCGGAGCGGACCCGGGCCGGGGGGACGUCAGUCGGGAUGGAAGCAGAAGGCUUGGAUUGGCUUUUGGUCCCCUUGCACCAGCUGGUCUCCUGGGGGGCCGCCGGGGCCAUGGUGUUCGGCGGGGUCGUGCCGUACAUCCCCCAGUACAGGGACAUCCGGAGGACUCAGAAUGCCGAGGGCUUCUCUACCUACGUGUGUCUGGUGCUCCUGGUGGCUAAUAUUUUACGGAUCCUCUUCUGGUUUGGAAGGCAUUUUGAGUCGCCGCUCCUCUGGCAGAGCAUAGUCAUGAUCUUGACCAUGUUACUGAUGUUGAAGCUCUGCACCGAAGUCCGCGUGACAAAUGAGCUGAACGUAAAACGCCGUUUCUUUGCAGCUGCAGAUAAUCAGGAUGAAGAAAUCAAGCUCCCCCCAAGGCGGGCGUAUCUGGGUCCCCCUGUGUUUAUCUGUCAGAGCCCAGGAACCUCACGUAGCUUGCGGACUUACUUUGACCCUCACCACUUCUGGCACUGGAGCAGCUUUGGGGACUACGUGCAGUGCGUGCUGGCCUUCACAGGCGUGGCGGGCUACAUCACCUACCUGUCCAUCGACUCGGCCCUGUUCGUGGAGACCCUGGGCUUCCUGGCCGUGCUGACGGAGGCCAUGCUGGGCGUGCCGCAGCUCUACCGCAACCACCGCCACCGGUCCACGGAAGGGAUGAGCAUCAAGAUGGUGCUCAUGUGGACAAGUGGGGACACCUUCAAGACUGCCUACUUCCUGCUGAAUGGCGCACCCCUGCAGUUCUCUGUGUGUGGCCUGCUGCAGGUGCUGGUGGACCUGGCCAUCCUGGGACAGGCCUAUGCGUUCGCCCGCCACCCCCUGAAGCCGGCCCCCCACGCGGCGCACUCCGCCAGUGCCAAGGCCCUCUGAGGGUGCCGGGAGGACAAGGGCGUGUGGCCUCCAGCCGUAGGCCCGGCCCGGCCACCCGGCCUCCCUGUCUGGGGCGGGCAGGCACCGUGGCCCACGGAAGUGUCUCGGCCGCCGGGAUCUCCGUCAGCCUCUGUGGGUCUGGGGUGGGGCGGGGAGGGGCUUUGUGCUCGCUCGUCCUGAGGAUGAGCCCGUGGGCUCCACGGCCAAGGGCUGGGCUGCGACUGUUUUCAAGGUGACAGAAAAGCAAGUGUUCUCUUCUUUCCUCUCCCAAAACACCUAUUUGGGGCCUGGAAUGUGCUCACCACCCAGGGAAAGGUAGCCCUGGGCUGUGACAGGACAGGGGACAGGGAGCCCCUCCGGGCCUCAGUCUGCAGGAGAUGCGAAUGAGCGGGCAGCCCGGGCCUGGGAGGCCCUCCGGAGGGGUGGGAUUGGGGAGCACGAAUGAGAAGCGGCACCAGGAGAGCCCAGGGUCCUGGCGCAGAACCACGUCUCCCGAGGGCCCGGGCGUGGAGAGCGCACCUGACACGGACGGCGAGGCAGCUGCAGGACACACGUGACGAGCGGUCCUGGUGAUCUGGCCGCGGUCAGCCUCGUCAGGGCCGCUUGGUGCCGCUGCCUCGUGGGCCUCAGGACUCGGCCGACAGCUCGGCAGUGGGGACUGAGCUGUCCCCCGGGCCACCUGGGCCUCCCGGCUAUGCCGGCCUCUUCCUGGGAGGCGCCAGCGUGGACCCUGCUGGGGCUCAGGGCCAUGAUGGGUGCAGGUGGUCCACGUGUGCUCCCAGGGAAACCAAGGGCCCACCACCAGGUCCCCCGAGGAGGGCUGCCCUGCAGGGCACUUCCCCUCUGCUCUGGGGACACAGCCUGCCAUCUUCCAGGACGGGGAGGCAGUGUGCAGGUCAGGAGUGGGGACACGUGCGGUGGGGGUCCCUGCUGCUGAGCCAGUCCCACACCCACAGUCUGAGCUCUCGGGCCUGGCGUGCCCUUCCAGGGCGGGGGACCGGCCCGGGCGUGGGGUCCCCGCCCGCCACCCUCCUGGCCCCCACGCCCCUACACCGGCUGCACCGGGGGCUGCGGGGCUGAUUCUGCCGCCCCAUGGGUUUCCUCCCUUCACUUUCACAGGAGCAACUCGGCUGUGCCCAGCAGCCUUGGGCAAGUGCCCAGGCCCCCAGGGUCUGAGUGUUCUGGAUGCUUCCGUGUGGCUUCCCCUCUGCUGGGUG